AUGAGCAACAUGUCAUUGGUUCGAAGAAUCGGUGUGCUAAGGUCUUUUGCCUUUAAAAGACCAUAUAGUAUCUCUUCGGACAUUGAUAAAUCCCAUAGCUAUAAAGACAUUGAUCAGCGCCUGAAGUAUGAUGAAAUACGAGGCAAAAUACGAGCUCUUGGAUCCCUUUCAGAAGAACAAGCAAAUGACUUAUUGACAGAGUACAAUUUGGACCAGAAGGACCACGUAGAUUUCAGGAAUAUGCUUAAGGACUUUUUGGAUGAAUUUCUGAACAAGGAAGAAAUCAAAUUGAAUGUUGGAAGUUCUAACAUUGGGACCAACGUAAGAAACAGUAACAAAUUUCCCUUCUUGAACUCCACCCCUCCAAAUAAAGAAUAUUCGAUACAAGAACUAUUUGUACGCCAAUACCAUCAUUCACAGCAGGUAAAUUCUCUCGGUGCUUCUUUAACUAACGUUUACAAACCCCAUGAAGAUGUUUUGAAUCCUAAGAAAGCAAAUGAGUUGUCUAUCAAAACUUUACUGGCUGCAGGGGUCCAUUUAGGACAUUCGACAUCCCUUUAUAGGCCAUCCACGCAACCCUUCAUAUAUGGUGAGUACAAAGGAUUACACAUUAUAGACUUGGAACAGACAUUGAUAUACUUAAAGAGAGCUUCAAAAGUUGUUCAAGGCGUUGCUGAGAAAGGCGGCUUGAUUUUGUUUUUGGGAACCAGAGAUGGACAAAGAAGAUCUUUAGAGGAAGCUGCAAGUAGAGUGAAGGGUUACUUUGUGUCCUCAAGAUGGAUACCCGGGACUUUGACCAACUGCACUGAAAUCAGUGGCACCUGGCAGAGACAUGAGGUAGACCUAGAAGACACUCCUACUGGUAGAAAUUUGGAAGGUGAUGAAUUAAGUUCCCUUGUAAAACCUGACCUUAUUGUAAUUUUAAACCCUGUUGAGAACAGGAAUGCUUUGAAAGAAGCAAUGUACGCUCGUGUUCCUACGAUUGGCAUCGUGGACACGGACUCAGAGCCGUCACUGGUUACUUAUCCAGUUCCAGGCAAUGAUGAUUCUAAUCGAUCAACUGAUUUGAUUCUUGGGGUCCUCUCAAAAGCUGGUGAACUAGGACGCCGUCGGCGUCUCGAGAAAGUCCAGCAAUACAGGCAGCUUAUGUAG